AUGGAGCAGAUCGCACAGCAGUUCACCGAUUUCUACUACUCGACUUUCGAUGCUGAUCGAAACCAGCUCGUCAACCUCUACAGGGCUAACUCGAUGCUGACUUUCGAGGGCUCGCAAGUUCAGGGUGCCCAAGCUAUCGUCGAAAAACUCACCGGCUUGCCAUUCGAGAAGGUUCAGCACAAGGUCGAGACCCGCGAUGCCCAACCCACCGGCGACGGUAACUCCCUCGUCGUUCUUGUCACCGGUAUGCUCGUCGUAGACGACGGCGCAAACCCCCUCAAGUUCUCCCAGACCUUCACGCUCAACCCCGAAAACGGCUCGUUCUACGUCUUCAACGAUAUCUUCCGCCUCAACUACGGUUAA